UGUAGACAACGCUUAAAAAACUGAUAAAGUAAAAGCUAUAGUGUCCUAGCAGUAAGACAUGUGACUUCCAAACCAAAUUUAAUUCAGUGAAUAUAUUGCUUGUAUAGCAACAUACAACAUGUAUUGUAUAAAGGUACGGGAUCAUUCAUUAUGCAUGUUCCGAAACGCACUUGGCCGUUUUUUCUGUGUACCGUGAUCCAUGCAUUCACGUGACUACUAGUUAGAACCCGAUGGUCACGAUGACGAUAAGAACCGGCCAUAAGUCAACAACGAACUUAUUUCACCAAGUAAAUUGACAGUGAAAGCACCCGUGUCAACGCAACAACAGUAAUUCCGCAACAGUAGUUGACCAUGACAAACAAUAUUAUCUGUUUAUACUUUAUUUCACGAAUUCACAAGCUCGUUAUGUUCUCUGAGAUUCCCGUUUUCAGUUCGGUAUUUAUGUACUCUCUUUUAAUAAAUGCACUGACAUUCCAGGCUUCAGUAUCAGAACUUCAAUUGGGUCCUGAGUUAUCCAGACCCGUAGUGCAUACUCCAGUAGGCAGCUAUCGGGGGCUUCAGGCCCAGGACGGGAAUUACUCCAUGUUCCUGGGUAUCCCGUAUGCUAGAGUUGAUCCGGACAACGUUUUUGGUGCUCCUAUUCCAUACAAAUUUGAAGGGAUAUUUGAAGCAGUCGACGACACCACAAUAUGUCCUCAAGAAGAAGAAUUUAACAAAACAAUUACUGGGAAACUUGACUGCCUUCACAUUAACAUUUACGUACCGAACAGCGCCAUUAUUAAUCAUUUGCCUGUUAUGAUAUACAUAUUUGGUGGAAUGUUCAGGUUCGGAUUUGCAGGCAGAUACAUAUAUGGGCCACGCUUUUUAGUCAGACAUGACGUCAUUUUCAUUACUUUAAACUAUCGUAUUGGCCCUUACGGUUUUAUGUGUCUAAACACAUCUAAAGUACCCGGGAAUCAGGGUUUGAAAGACCAAGUCCAAGCACUACGUUGGAUUAAUGAAAAUAUACGAUAUUUUGGCGGAGACCACUCCAAAAUCACGGUAGUGGGAAACAGUGCUGGUGCAGUGUCUGUGGAUUUCCAUCAAUUCUUUCUACAGGAACAGCUUUAUAAUAGAGUGAUUUUGCAAAGUGGCAAUACGUUAUCUCAUAUAAUUAACGAAGUUCCUGAUCCUGAUAGAGAUGCGCCUUUAAAAUUAGCAAAUCAAUUGAAUUAUCCAACUAAUGAUAUUGAAGAUGCGUUAUCAUUUCUGAACAAAGUAGAGCCACAUGAACUUAUUGCAGCAGCAAAGGAUUCUGAUGUAUUUUUUGGAUUGUGUAUUGAAAAGAAAUUCGAGGAUGUUGAUAACUAUAUUACUAAAUACCCAGCUGAUUUGAACACAAUUACUCGUAGAGAUGUCGAUGUCUUAAUUGGUAUGACUAACGACGAAAGCUAUGCAAUAGUAGCAAAAAAAAUUGAAAAUCGUAAAUUUGAAAGGAUGGACUUCCUGUCUUUAAUUUUAGAAACACAUUUUGAAUUUGAAAAUGAAAGUAAGUUUUCAGAUGAAUUGAAAAAGAUUGUCCGGCUGUUUUAUUAUGGUGAUGAUGUUCAACGUGCAGAUAAUAGCAGACCGACAAUUAAUCUACAUGCCGAUUUUAGUUUUUACAGUCCAAUAUUCAGAACUGUUAGAAAAUAUUUGGAUAGUGGCGUAAACAACAUGUUCUUCUAUAUGUUUUCAUUUUCUGGUGAGAGGAGUUAUUACAAGGAUUUAUUGAAAUUACCAUAUACAAAAGGUGGUGCUGCCCACGCAGAUGAGCUGGGAUAUUUAUUCGACGUUUCUUACAUGAAAGAUCGGUUGCGUGAUGAAGAUAUGCUAAUUGUAGACAGAAUGACCGAACUUUGGACUAAUUUUGCAAAAUAUGGAAAUCCAACACCGAAACCUUCAAAGUUGAUUCCUCUGCAGUGGCCACGAGUAUCCCGGCACAAACUGCCAUAUUUGGAGAUAAACACUGAACUACGCCUAGGUUCCAGACCUUUGCACGAGCGGAUGAGCUUUCUAGACCUUCUGUACAAUCACUUUGGACAUUAUCAAAAGUGGAUAAGCAAGGACUGAACAACGAAACAGGGGAAUGAACAAAGAUAAUAUAAUAAAUCAAACUAU